GUGUGAGUGCCCAGGUGGGUCGGGACUUCGAGCUGCAGCAGCCCCAGGACAAGGUGUCAGUGACAGCGGGGGAGACGCUCAACCUGACCUGCACAGUGGAAGGGGCCCGGUGGUUUCCGUACUUGGUGAGUGGGGCUCCCAGAGCAGCUCCCGCCAAACCCACCACUCCGGUCAUGUCCGGGCCCGGCCGCAGAGUGGGGCCGGGACAAUCGGUGUCUGUCACCUGCACGGCCAGAGGGUCCUCCCCCAAAGACAUUACCGUGAAAUGGUCCAAGGAUGGGGCCCCGAUCACGGCUCAGCAGCCCCAGGUCACCCCAGAGCGGACAAAAUCCUCCUACAACAUGUCGAGCACCGUGACGAUGACGCUGCAGGAGAACGACGUCCGCUCGCGGCUCACCUGCGAGGUGCAGCACCCCCCGCUGAACGCCCCCGGCACGUACCAGCUCAGCCAGGCCCUGCGAGUUCCCCCCAGAGUCUGUGUGGAUGCUGACCCACCGCGCCCCGUCGAGGUGAACAAGACCGUGAACUUCACCUGCCACGUGAAGGGGUUUUACCCGGGAGAAGUGGCCGUCACCUGGCUGGAGAAUGGGAUGGAGAUGAACGUGGAGAGCAUCUCCCGGCCAUCGGAGACCCCCCGGGGCUUGUUCGAGCUGAGGAGCCUGGUGGAGGUCAAUGCGACGGAGGAGAAGAACGGGUCCGUGUUCACCUGCCAAGUGGUGCACGAUGCCCAGGACCCCGUCAACGCGACGGCCACCCUGUGGAUUGCUGCCCCAACCGAGAACGGACAGAAGGACCUGUCCCAGAUGGUUAACGGCAGUUUGUCCCUCAUCUAUAUCGUGGUGGGAGUCGUCUGCACCGUCCUGGCGCUGCUGGUGGCUGCGAUUCUGUACCUCAUCCGGGCAAAGCAGAGCAAGGGUAAAAGCUCCCCGUCUGCUCGGUUACAUGAGCCAGAGAAGAGCAGUGAGGCCACCACCCAGGAAUCCGACCCCAACAACCUGACCUACGCGGACCUGAACUUCGACCGAGAGAGG